GAGAUGGAUCCACAUGUCCAAAACUACUCCUAGCCGCACAAUGUCGGGUGAGGCACAUUCUUUUAAAGAAACCAACAUUACUCCAGUUUUGCCUAAAAAAAUCUUGCUUUCCGCUGUUAAAUGGCAACUAUUCUAGGGUUAAGAAACAAUACAAAUACAUACUGUAGUUUACAUUAACAGAUGUCACCAUUUUGUUGGCUGGUUAAAAUUAAUGUAAUGCUACAUCAUUUGCACAUUCAGUAUCUGACACUGAAAAAACAUGAAUUUAUUUUUAGCAGUAUAAAUGAUCCAGCUCUUUGUAAACCGACAAACACCAAGUGGAGAAACCACACAUCUCGGACAAUUUUAACAUUAAUAGUGUACAUUUAUAAACUAACCAGCACUACAUCCUUUCAGCAGCAACAGUUUUCAGAGUUUGUAUGAUUCAAAUACUUUGGAUUUUGUGCCUAUUAAUCACUACAGUUUAGAUACAAUAGAUGCUUUGAAAGACACACUGUCUGAAUUAUUACUUUGGAGUGGAAUGUCCAGCAUUUUAUUGUUGGCAUAUACACACGGUACAUUAUAUUGUCAUUCAACUGUAGCUUGCAUUUCAGGAAAUACAUCUUACAGAAAAAAAAAUCUCCUGUAUGAUAAUAUUUUGUAAAGAUUUCACAUUGUUCAUGCAUGAAACUGAAAUUUGUAUUGGAUUUCUACCCAAUUUUAGACUGUGCACAGGCCUAUAUAGGUCUGGCUCUGACCGGGCUGGCCUUGAUGAUUUCAGUCUGUUUAAAUGUUUUGUUAUAUUCACUGAGACGCAGAGAUCAAAAAACAAGAGAUGCUGAGGAGUAUCUUUACGACAAUUCUGAGCACAGUGAGAACAGGUUUGAGGAGGAAGUGCAACAACAGGAAAAUCCAAUCUAUGGAAAUAUAUGCACAAAUGGGGGAGAAUCUGAGGCGGCAAAUGAGAUGUGCUACGAACCAAUGACAGGCCGGGACCCUACACCAAAUGAAAGGCCUGCAGAUGUCUCCUAUGCUUCUCUGGACCUGAGAAAUGCCAAAAAGCACAAAAAGAAGCGCAAGUACCAGCAAAACCAGACCGCUCAGACCCAAAAGGCCCAGUUUCACGCAACGUUGCCCCAGGGCUGUCUGGACGUGGCGGAGGGUGAGGAGGACGUCACCCUUCCCUCCAGGAGCUCCAGCCUCAUGGUGUCCCGCCACAGCAUCUACCUCAACAGCCAGCAGAUCACACAGGAGGCCCAGGAGCUGGGAAAUGCACAGGGCCACACAGAGGAGUGGUGAGGGCCGGAGAGAGAAAAUAAUUCCAUUUUUUUACACUGAACCUAAGUAUCUAAUA